AGUAAACCUAACUUGUAUCAGGCUAAAAGACGACUUAUUGCUUCCGUGAUAUUGGUAUCUGAUCUAUUCUCUCGGCCGAAUCCAAGACACGGUGAGACGCGCCUUCGGGAAAAGUUCAGGUGGCCCUAGCUUCGGCAGUGACGUCUGAGUGGAAGCCGACAAGCAAAAAAAGGCGACGGCAAUCUUGGCGUUGACAUCCAGCCAUCAGCCGCCCAAAAAAGGGAAGCAUUUCCGCCUUGAUACCUACCCGGCUGCCGUACCCGUAGCGCAAACGCAGAGACUCGCUCUCGCAUCAAUGUCGCCUUGAUGUUCCCUCCUCGCCCGCUCCUGUGGCACUCCAUUCGCAGCUAUGCCACCGGCCCAUCCCGGUCGCGCCUCGGCGCAACCGUGAGCCUGGAUCAUUUCCUCCUCCGCGCAAGGGCCCUCUCCCUCUACAGGACCAUCGUCCGCUCCACGCGGCGAAUCAAUGAUCCUACAACACGCGCCGAGACGCUGAGGUUUGUCCGGGGCGAGUUUGAGAGGCACCGGGCAGUCACCGACACGGGUCAUAUCCGGUACCUCCUCUCGACGGGCAAGACGGAAUGGGAGAGCAUGGAGAGAUAUAUUGAGGGUCUAUAGUCUGUAGUGGCAAUGCAACGGCAUGGCUAGUUUUCACGCUUCCAGAUUUCCCCUUCUCGCCUUCUCGCCUUCCCUCAUCCCUUCGGCCGCCAUCCUCUUCUAGCAGAGACAUUCCCGAGCUGCCCACGUCCCCAUAGUUGUUGUACAAGGCCUACGACUUCAAACACAAGCAGGCUUCCGAUAUGGUCAUCUCAACGUUGCCGCCCCAUCUAUCCUUG